CUGAGCCACCUAGGCAUCCCGGUCUCCUUUUUGUCUUCUUCCCUCCCACGGGCAGGGGAGACCUUCCUGUUUUGGAAAGCCUGUGACACUGCUGCCCCGUCAUCAGAGUCCCCUUCCGCUCAGCCCGGCUUCCCCAGAGGGCGCCACUUCCUCCAGCGCCCCCCUCCCCGGGCUGCAGCCCCCACAGAGGGACUGCAAGUCUGCGGCCGCUGGUGCUCUCCUCAGUGCCACCCAUCCUGCUGUCCGUCAUGGGGCACAGGGCUGUUCCCCAGAGGCUGGCUUUUGGGUUCUUCCUUCCCUGGACGUCCGUCUCCCGUGUCCACUCUCAGUCUGUUUCCAGACCCUCGUUCCUAAUUGCCUGAUGUCCCCAAACAUCGCAAACGCAACAUCCAAACCAAGCCUCCGUCCCCGGCCCAAUACUGCUGGCUCUCACUUUCCUGGCACCCGCCAACCGAGCAUCCAGCCUGCAGGAGCCUGCCCGGCGCACCUGGCCUGCUUCCGCCUAUCCCCAAAGCCACAAAAUGGACCUUCCGUCCAGUCCAGCCUCUGUCUCUUCCCAGGAAGUGCGGCCGUCCUGGUUAGCGGGUCAGGAAACCAGCUUGGAACCACAAAGCUGAACCCGGAGAUCACGUCUGACCUCAAGGACUGUUGUCUUCCCCAGCACCUCCCACACUUCCGAGGAGGAGGCGGGUUCAGGUCUGAGAUCAGACUUGAACCCGUCCGUGCUGAUUUGAGGCACCAGCCGUGCCUGGUUAGGACGCUCAGGCCCGUCCUCCUUCUGUGUUAGGUGAGGAGCGCCCCGGAAUUCACGACCGCGAGUCCCAGGUCCGCCUCCAUCCACCUUGGAAAGAGUAGAGUGGACGUAGGAAAGCGCGGCCCAACAGGCCAAGCUCGAGGCCCCUGAGAGGCCGAGCCCUUCUGGCGGGAGUUGGGGCCUGCAGGCAGACAGGAGAACCGGGUCCGGGCUCCCGGCCACUCCCAUCAGCUGUCCCCACAGUGACACUUUCUCCCUUUCCUGGGGCUUACUGUUCCAUCAGACCUGCUCAAGGUGGUUCCAUUGUCGGCCUGUUUUUUCGUGGGGUGACCUCAGCUGGAGCCAAAUGCUUGCACAGGCAACUAUAGAACUCUGGGCCGGCUCAGCCCAGGCCCCAGGGAUGCACAGUCAGGCAGCCCCUCCGCACCAUCUCCCUUUUCGUCCCCGGAGCAGCUGCGGGCCGUUUUCUGGCUGCCUCGAGCCGGGCCCAGGCAGGGUGCUGGACAUGCCACUGAGCAAGGAAGGUGCCAUGCCUUUCUUCCAGGAGUUUCCACGCCAAGGAAAGACAUGGCUUUGGUGCGCAAUGGUGUGCGCUCUGAAGGAACGGACGGGGAGGGGACUGCUCGUGUGGGCCCUCGGGUCCCCUUGCUGGGAAAGCAGGCGCAGUCAGUAUCUGGUGCGGAAGCCUUGGGCCGCCAUCUCCGCUGUCCGGCCCAGCCAAGUUAGGUUCUGCUGCUCUCCGAGGAGGGGCCGUCAGGCGUUCUUUGUUUUCCAGAAAUCCUAUCCUGGUUUCAGAAACAGGGAGAAAGCAGUUUCAGGUUCUGGGCUUUUAAAACGAUCAGCCCAGAGAUCUGGGCACUGCCCAGAGAGUGUGUUCUCGGGGGUGUCGCCCCCCUGCGGGACCUGCAGGGGGCCGAGGGGCAGGCUGACCUCCUGGCCUGUCUCCAAAAGAAGGCCACACCAGAGGGUGCGGAGGGCGUCCCCACAGCUGGGCUGGCCGCGUGCUCUCGGGCCAGCAAGCCAGGAGCCUCUUUGGUGGCUUUGUCUGAGCCCUUCCAGACUCUCCUCCUGGCACUGCCUGGCUCCAGAGAGUGGGGUCUGGAAGUACUCCAGCCCCUGGGCCCUCUCCGUGGCCCUCUCUGUCACCUGCUGUCCCACACUGGGCAUCAGGAGGACUGGGAAGAAGCCAGAAAGGGACAAGAGAGGAGGCUGCUGGGUUUGUGGCCUCCGGCUGGCUUCCCUCCUCCCUGCUUUUACAAAAUCACAACAGUGGGCACCUGGUGGCCUCAGUCAGUUGAGCAUCUGCCUUCGGCUCUGGUCAUGGUCCUGGGGUCCUGGGAUCGAGCCCCGUAUUGGGCUCCCUGUUCAGUGUGGAGUCUGCUUCUCCCUUUCCCACUCCCCCUGCUUGUGUUCCCUCUCUCGCUGUCUGUCAAAUAAAUAAAAUCUUAAAAAAAAAAAUCAUAACGAUGAUUAUCUUGUACUGCGCACACACACUCUGUGCCGGGCUCCGUCCCAAGCCCUUCACCAUGGUCGCAGGUGUGUGCAGGGGACCCCAGCUCCGGAGGUGCACGCUCAGGCACCCCUGUCUGGCAGAGGCGGCCACAGCCUCCCAGAGUUUGCCGCUGCCUGUGUGAUCACGGGCAUGUCUGAAGGCCAGUGGGGUUCCCACUGCUGUCGUCUCUCCCCUUCCUCUGACCUUGCCUGUAGAACACGAACCCUGCAACCCACCAAAACCACCGCUGGGUCUGGGUUCCCCCAAAGCCCCUUCGUCAUAUCCCUGUGCUCACUCUGACCGGAUACGUCUCUCCCGCUCUGUUCUGAAGUCCCCACGCCUUGUUCUGUCUCCCU